UUUAAUUCAUAGCUUGUUUGAUUUCCUGUCAUUAUGUUCAGCAGUGACAGCAAAAUAAAAAAUUAAUAUGUAAUGAAUUUCUUUUUACACUAAAAGCUAAAGCUAAUAAUAAAUUCUUCACAGUACUAAAAUAGGUUUGUAUUGUGUUUCUGCAUUAAUGUAAAGGCUAUGUAACUAUUUUUUCAUUGUAAAAUAUUAUAAAAUUAAUCAAUUUAACAUUAUUCUGUGACACGUCCUGACAACAUGAAUGCAUCACUCGAUCACGGUGUCAGACACUUAUAGCGUGAUUUUCCCACACGCCGUGAACGCAGCAUACUACUAAGCGAAAGAGAAAGUCUUCAGUCUUACGAUAAAACCGGGCAGACAAGAGACAAAUGCUGAACCUAACAAGUGAAGACUGCUGACGUGCAAAUCUCAGUGUGAUAUAAGAGAAUAAAUAUGGACUUUAAAAACGAUGUUAACGCUGGUGGUUUAUUAAACCAAGGAGACACUUGUUACCUGAACAAUGUGAAGCAGGAGCUGUUCCAAGGCUUCAGAGAAGCUGUGGAGAGACACAACACCUGCAUGGAUCGACACCUUAAAGACCUGUUUGAUGAGCUGCAGCGUCGCACACCCAGCACCAACACAAUCCUAAACAAGCUGGGCAUCGACAGAGUGUGGGAACAACAAGACGCUGCUGAGUUCUACGUAAAGAUCUUAAGUCAAACCAGUGAAGAUGCUUCACAGAUCUUCCACGGAGCAUUGACACAUACGACCAUAUGUCAUAAUCCUCAGUGUGGAGCACAGAAACCUGCAGACUCACGUUUCUGGCAUCUUCCUCUCUCAUUGAAUGAUUCCCACAGUGAAGAAUAUCAAGUGGUGAACGGCAUCAGGGAGUUUUUCAGAGAUUCUCAUUUCAGUGGACUGGACCAGAUGUACUGUGAGGAGUGUGAUGACAAAGUGGACGCGACUGUUACAUGUGAAGUGAAGCAUCAUCCAGAGGUUUUAGUUCUGCUGCUGAAGAGGUUUGACUUUGACUAUCGUUACAUGAGAUACGUCAAAAACAACCGCGCUGUGAUUGUUCCUGUCACUCUGAACCUCCCAGAGAACCAGACCUAUGAGCUCUAUGCUGUGGUGGAUCACGCUGGUGAUCUCAGAGGUGGACAUUAUGAUGCAACGAUCAAGUCUCAGGACGACGAUCGAUGGUACAACUUCAAUGACGGCAUCGUCUCGUUGCUCAGUUACCAGCCGUUACAGGUGGAUCGCACUGAGAGGUCCCACAGCGCGUAUCUUCUAUUCUACAGGAAACAGACAAGUGUGACACCAGGUGGACGACAGACCUCAGCUCCUAUAUAUCACGGUUUAUUGAACCAAGGAGCCACAUGUUACCUGAACAGUUUGCUGCAGGUGCUGUUCAUGACCAGAGAGUUCAGAGAAGCUGUGGACCGGUACAUCAUGACUCUUAGAGUCUUGCUUAGAGACUUACACAGACACACAGUCGACGCCUGUGACAUCAUAACCAAGCUGCUCACCACAGUGUUUGAACCACAGGAAGCUGCUGAGGACGUCCAGAGGAUCUCUUUUCCCAACAUGCAUCAGGCUUCACAGUCCCAGACCAGAUGUUGUAAAUGUGAGACAGGGAGAAGCAGAGAAUCACCACUUUGGCAUCUUCCUCUCACACUGAUGGAUUCAAACAGUGAAGAAUAUAGUUUGGAGGACGGACUGAAGCAGUCUCUCACUGACCAGGUGUCCUGUGAACGGUGCUGUUCCACAAUUGAUGUCAUCACUAAAUGUGAGGUGAAGCAUCAUCCAGAGGUUUUAGUUCUGCUGCUGAAGAGGUUUGACUUUAACAAUAGUAACAUAACGUUUGUCAAAAACAACCGAGCUGUGAAGAUUACUCGCACUUUACAGAUGUCAGAGAACCAGACGUAUGAGCUUUAUGCUGUCGUGGAUCAUGUGGGUGAACUCAAAGAUGGACAUCAUGCAGUGAUCGCGUCUCUUAAUGAUGGUCGAUGGUACAACUACCAUAAUAACACACACUUAUCGCCGUUCCAGCACGGUGACACUGAGAUUUCCCAGACGGUUCAUCUUCUUUUCUACAGGAGACAAGAAACUGCAGAUACUUUCAGUCAGGACACCAGGGAGGUGUUCACUUGUGAAGGUGUUCUUCCUGCUACAAGUGACACCAACCAGAGUCCAUGUACUGAGACUAUCAGACAGAAAGAAGAGUUUAAAGAAGCUGUAGAAGACGGUGAAGACGCUGCAGAAACUGGUUCUACUGGUGAAAACAAAGAAACACAAUAUAUAGAGGAUCAGGACAGUGGCGCUGAUGUCAGACACCGUGAACCACACAGUGAGGAGGACAGAGAUGGAAACAAGACAGAUGGGCUGGAAAUAAUGAGACACGAUGAUGAAAACAGGAGGAGAAUUGGAAAAACUGAUGAACUGACAAAUAAAGCAGACACAGUAACUAAAGACGAGAGAAGAGAGGAUCAGGAUGAUGAAGGUGUAGAUGACAAAACACUACAUGAUCAGGAUUUAGAUCUUGAAGGAGCAGAUGUUAUUAGACUGAAGAUCAGACAAUGUGUGGACUCCACAGAAUUAAAGUCCACAGAUAAUGAAUCAGACGUGCUGCCCCAUGAAGGUAUCCUGCCUGCUACCAGUGACACCAACCAGAGUACACAUACGGAGACUAUGAGACAGAAGGAAGAGUUUAAAGAAGCUGUAGAAGAUGGUGACAAAGCUGCAGAGACUGUUUCUACUGGUCAAAAUAAAGAAACACAAAUCACAGUCUGUGUUGAGCCAACAGUGCCUGAAGCUCGUGUCUGUAAUGUAGAGGAUCAGGACAGUGUAGCUGAUGUCAGACAACGUGAACCACACAGUGAGGAGGACAGAGAUGGAAACAAGACAGAUGAGCAGGAAAUAAUGAGACACAAUGAUGAAAACGGGAGGAGAAUCAGAGAAACUGACGACCUGACAGAUAAAACAGACACAGUAGUAACUGAAGACACGAGAGCCGAGGAUCAGGAUGUUAAAGGUGUAGAUGAUAAUAAUGAUCGGAGAGGAGUGAUGAAUGAACAGACUGUAGAUAAUGAAGAGUCAGAAAACCUUGACACAGAACAUCAGGUCAGUGAAGGAGCAAAUGUUGUUAGACUGAAGAUCAGACAAUGUGUGGACAACAGAGACUCCACAUCCACAGAUAGUGAAUAUGAACCAGAAAGUCAAAAUUAUCAUGUUAAGAAAAAACAGAAACUUGGAGAUAAUAGAGGACUUGAUGUUACAUCCCAAAACAAAUCAAAUCGUAAUAAUAAGUGUGAAAGAGAAAACAGUGAUUGUAUUACUGUGCAUAGUGGGGAAAAAAGUGAUGUUGGAGAUGGACGAAGUAGAGGAAUGUCAGGUAGAUCCAGUGAUGGAGGUGUUGAUGAUCACAGAAUGCAGAAGCAACAGGAAAUGAAACAUAAACAUAUUCAGUACAAUCAGGAAAAAGAAGAUAAAAAGAAAAGAAAAAAAGUUCAUGAUAGAACCAGAGAGCAUGAUUUUCCUAGUAAAGAAGGAUCAGCAGAUGGCAGAAGACACAUUAACAGCGACGGCAGUGAUGCACAAUAUUUAUCGUGCAGCAUGGAGGGAGGUGUGAUGACAAGUGAAGACCGGUCACAGCAACACAUCAUUGACAUGACUGAAAAGGCAAGAACAGAAAAGGUAGAGGAACCUUCACACGGCUGCAAGAACAGAAGGGAACAGAAAGACGUUCAACCUGAUCUGGAGACAGACACUUUAACACAAGCUGUCGACAGUUCAAACCUGAAGGAGCCAGAAACAAGUCAGAAAACCAGAAGAGACACAGGCAAGAGAGAGGAGACAGAAAGGAUGAGUCCUUUAAAUGAAGAAAAACACGAUGUACAAAUGGAAGCAGCUGGAAAAGAACAGGCAGGUAAACAAAGGAGGGAGAGAGGAGGAAGGUGCUGGUGGCUGAGGAAGUGGAUAAAUUCACAAAAAAAGGGAAAAAAGAUGAGAAAAAACGAACAAAACAAAGAAGAUGAUAAAGAGAAGUCAGCAGGAGGCAGAGAGAACAAUGACAGUGACAAGGCAGAUCCACAGAUACGUCUGUUUUACAGUGCAAAUGGAAAUGUGUUGGAAAUGAAAGGCCAGUCAGAGAAACGGAGAGGUAAGAAAAAGAAAUGUUGUUUCCAAACAAAGAGGACGAGAACAGAAAUAGUGGAGGACACGUCACAUGACAGCAAGAAACACAGAGAAAACACAGAGUCAGGUGAAAAAAGACAUGAGAACAGAGGACGGUUUAAAGUCAGGAAUCCGUUGAAGCCUCAAAAGAAGGUGGCUCCUCAAAACAGUGAGGAGGGUUCUGACGGGGAAGGGAGUUUAAUGGGAGGCAGAGGAGGAAUGGAGAACAACGACAGUGAGAAACAAAGGAAGACUUCCCGUUGGCGGUGUAUCUGUUGUAUCUGUGGGACGUGUUGAGAAUAACAGUUUAUAAGGAGUUGGUUCCUUCACUGAGAUGUUACUGUUGACGUAUUGCUACGGACGCAGGCAGUAAAUACAAGUUUAUGUACUUAAAGCAGCUCGAUCUCUGCUUCAGUCACAGGAUAUAAUGUGUCGAUGUCAACAUGUAUGUAAAAACAAAUUAUUUAUUAUAUUUCUUUGUUUUAUUACCUGUAAUGAAUGUAGUGAACAUAAAUCAAUCGUGCUGGUUGUCAUGGCUGGAAUCAUAUGUGUGACUGAAUACAGUUAAUAAUAUUGUAUAUCAUAAUAAAUAUUUUCUUUUGACAUCUUUAAAAAA